CUCCUGUUUAUUUUCUUACGUCCUAUCUGAUCUGUCCGUCGCUCCUUUACGCACUCGCUGUGUCGCCCAGGCCUCCGUGCACUCGUUCACUUUACUACUCUCCAGCCAGGCCGCUAUCUGGCCCUGGACGAAUUCGUGGUGGGCCAGGACCCAAUUUGGGAUCGUCGCCCCGGCUCCCGACCUCCGCAAUCCGCGCUGGACAAUUUAAAACCUCUUAACUACUAAUUACUACCGUCGAGCCGGGCGCUCCCCCAGAUGGCCCCUCCCCGGCCGCCAUGAUGAAGCAAGCAUCAGAUAAACACUUUCGCUGCAAUAUCUGCCAGCGAGGAUUUACGCGCAUUGAUCAUCUCAAGAGACAUCACCUUCGACAUUCCGGGGUGAAACCGUAUUCCUGUGUUUUUUGUUCCGAAGCCUUUGCACGAUGCGACAAUCUACGAGAUCACUACCCGGAUUGUGCACAGAGGGGAGAUCGUCCGAUCCCUGAAACAGGUCAGCGAGGUAGACGCCGACAUGCUUGUGAAUCAUGUACCUCCAUGAAGCUCCGUUGUGAUGGCGAAAGCCCAUGCAGCUCUUGCGUCAAGAGGAAUUUGACAUGCAACAACACACGCAAACAAGCGAUACUGGAUCAGAUGCCUUCGAAAGAAUUCACGCCUGUUAAAGCUGAAGAAUACGAGUCGUCCGAUCGUGGGUCGAUCAACUUUCUCUUAAAUGCCGGCACCGAUAGCUUUACAGAAAAGUUCCACUUGCCUCCGCGAAGCGAUCGCGCCAGAGGCAUGGAAUAUCACAAUCAGGCAGAGCUAGAGGCAACAAGUCCUAUUGCUUCGUACCCACUGGGUGCUAGCAAAUUGAACUCAAUUGGCGCUGUGCUCCCUGAGUUUGAUGACUUGGGAUCCUUUCAAGAGAAUUUCAUGUCUUUCAUCACGGGACCGUUUGAUGCGCAAAAAUCUUGCCAGAAUGCUUUGGGAGGAGGGCUCAAUACCCAGGGAAUGCCCGCACCUGGCCAGGAUUCUAACUUGGGUGCCGUCAGUGAUUCAUCAUACUACGAGCCUGAGAGUUCAUUCUCAAUGUCAUUGAUUCAGUCGAUUUUGGCUAAAUCCUGGACGGUAAACUUGGACGCAAAAUUCCAACAGGAAAUAUCGACGAAUCUACGGUUUCUGCUCACGACACGACGCAUUCGCAAAUUUGUCGCUCUUUAUUUCAGAUACUGGCAUCCUAAUUGCCCAAUUAUCCACGCACAAUCUUUUGAUUUAGAACAUGUUCCGACGCCAUUGCUUGCUUCUGUGGUUUUCAUGGGAGCCAUGUACUCGAGUGAUGAGCGUGAAACACAUGUCGCGAGACGAAUGCUAGAUUUUGCAGAGCUUUACGUGUACUCAACCGAGACUUUAUCAUGUGAGAACGAAAUCAGUCGAAUAUUUACUGGUCAACCCAUUACCGAUGCUGAGCGAAAAGACUGGACAUUGUUUCAAAACUUCCAAGCAGCAUAUUUGAUGCUCGUCAUUCAAUAUUGGGCAGGAUCAAAAGCAUCUCGUAAUCGGGCAAUGGAAACUCGCUUUAGUGAGAUUAUAUUGAUCGCUCGUAGUAUGGCCCUUGCGAAAUGUCGUCAUCUGCCCGAGGAUCGUAUUCAUGAGGCAUUAUGGAUCCAAAAGGAGUGUCGUAUUCGCACUAUCAAUAUCAUUUCUCUUCUCGACUGUGCCUUCUCCUUCUACCAAAACUUUCCUUGCCGACUAACCCCAGCAGAAAUGGAAUGUGAUUUGCCUUGUGACGACUCGCUGUUCAAUUCUGAACACCCCUUCGCUGAACCCAAUUUCUCCUUUACGCGAGAGACAACGCUGUAUCAAGCUUUUCAACAUCUUUUCGACGAUGAACAGUCCAUUGCAAAAACUACAAACACCAAUUCUCCCGCGAUCAUGAACUUUACCGUUUUCGACAUGUUUAUUUUAAUUCACCUUUUAUAUGCAUACAUCAAUUCUCACAUGACUGUUUUGGCUCCUAUAAUGCGGUUUCGACAGUCGGAACUGCAAUCUUAUUCCUCACCGCCAACAGAUGGUGACCGCCGCGCCUCAAGCAAGGGUCAAGUUCCGGAUGACCCAAUCGUUGGACAUAUUCGUUCUGCCCUCUCUCGAUGGCGUCUACUAUGGAUGACUCUUCGUACACAAAUACCGGCUCAUGAGUGGGCCUCGAUGGGCUUCUUUAAGAACGCGUAUAGCUUUUGGCUGGUAGCUCAGCUGCUGAUUACCAAGAAGCAUAGCGUAGAUGUCAUCAUGCAGAUGGAAGUCAAAUGUGAAGAUAAGCUAGACAAACUUAAAGUCUUACUGCAGGACGAAAAUGAUUGAUAUGACCUUCCUUUCACCUUUCCCCUUUUUUGACUUUUAUUCAUUUCCCCUCUGUUUUCCCCAUUAGACUUACUGUAUGCUUAUAUUGGAUUGUAUCCAUGGAAGCGAGGCAUGUGAUUUUGCUGUCGGCUUUUAUGAAUGGUUUGGACAUGGUGACCGGCGUUCUGUAGCGUGGUUGGAAUUCUAAAAGUUCUUUAGAAUAUAUCGAUCUGGUUUUACACAUUGGCCUUCAAACCUUCAUGAGUGACCAGUUAC